GCCGUCCGGUUCUCUCUUGGUGGAAGACUGCAUCCGAGUGACAUCGCACAACUUUCACCCAAUUCUGCAAUGGAGGAAUCAAGUAGUUGACGUUUCCUGUAACCUUCUCUUUUUAAGCUUUCUUCCGUCUGAUCACUGAGUUCUUAAGUGAGCUGACCGGUCCUGGUUUUACGACGUUUCUUGCGAAUUUCCAAAUUUUCACAGUCCAGACAUGAAGUACAUUAUUGGCAUCGGCGGGGUAACCAAUGGAGGGAAGACCACCCUCACGAAUAAACUGAUCAAGAACUUGCCCAAUUGCUGUGUUGUACAUCAGGAUGACUUCUUCAAGCCCCAAGAUCAGAUUGAAGUUGGUGAAGAUGGCUUUAAGCAGUAUGAUGUCAUCACUGCUUUGGACAUGGACGCCAUGAUGAGCACAAUCUACGCCUGGCUGGAGAACCCUGGAAAGUUUGAGAGGUCGCAUGGAGUCAACAACACCCUGGAUACCGAGAUUCUUCCAGAGUCCGAGCUUAAGGAUGAGGAAACCCACAUCCUUAUUGUGGAGGGCUUUCUGCUCUACACCUAUGGACCUUUGAUCGACGUACUGAACCAACGUUAUUUUAUUUCCAUUCCAUACGAAGAAUGCAAAAAGAGGAGGUGCUCAAGGAAUUACGCUGUGCCAGACCCCCCAGGUCUGUUCGAUGGUCACGUUUGGCCCAUGUACGUCAAACAUAAGAAUAUCAUGGAAGAGUCUGGAGUUGAUGUCUUGCAACUAGAUGGAACUAAGUCCAAGGAACAACUGUACAACUUUGUCUAUGGAGACGUCCUGAACGGCAUCCAGACGUGUCUCUAAUCAACAAAGGUCAACUGAUCGGCUUGAAACAAGAGCGUACAUCAUACCUGCUAGAUGAAGACCGCCUCGCCUUAACAGUUUCUACCUGGCAGCUUUUUUUAAUUGACUGCUAAGACUUUUGUAGUAUAAAUUAUUCCUCACCUGACAGCAUUGUAUGCUGGCAUGAUUUUAUAUCCAACAUAUUUAUUGCUUUGUUACCAGCAAACACUCAACAGAGUUGACAAAAGUUUUGAAGGUGGUUGCAGCUAGUUGCACACAUCAAUAAAUGCUCUUCCUGACAAA